UAUUAUUCUGCUUAAUUUUCGAAUGCAUUCGUAAUAUUUGAUGGUGUGAUGAUUCAGUUUUUACUUUUGUUUCAUAUAAAACACGAGGUUGUAUCAUCACAUUACGUUCUGUGGACUCUAGUAUAUUUGUUCCUGCAAGGAAAUACAAUUUCCGUUGCUCAGAUUACUUAAAGGACACAUGAGGAUGGAUCACACAGGAAGAGAAGAAUCCAGUUUGAGAUUGAAAUUGAAAUACGCGUGCAAGUUUCCUGAAUGCAGGAGUAGUUAUUAUGUAAAAAUAAAUUCCAAACACAAGAAUAAACAUUUCUAUAAAUUUCCAGCUGCAUCAAAACGUGAGACUUUAAAGAAGUGGAAAUUGAUCUGUAAUAUAGAUGAAGGUGUCAACUGUAGUUGUUAUUAUGUGUGUGAGGAUCAUUUUUAUGAAGCAGAUUUUGUGAACUUUACCAGACACAGGCUAAAUCCUGGUGUUAUACCAAAGCACAUGGAAUUGGUGUUGUAUCAUCCUCCCCCCACCCAUCUGUGUUACACUGGUGGUGGUGGUGGUGGUGGUGCUGGUGGUGGUGGUGGUGCUGGCGGCGGUUUCACCACAUCGGGUGCAAAUAUAAGCGUGCAAGAGUCAGGUCACAAUGCAAAAUCUACAGUAAUACAACGAAGCAGUCCCCCUUUACAGAGCACAGAUGAUGGUGAGUACAGCUUUUUAUCCUCACCUGUUUAUGAUGUUGCAAGUAGUCCAGGUGUAAUGGGAUCUGGCGUUUCUAAACGUGAUUUAACUCCAAGAAAACACAAAAUGUAUAAAUUGCAUAGAAUUACAGUUUCUAGAGUGUGUAAAUUGAAAAAACAGCUACAGAAUGAGAGGAAUAAAUUGAAAAUUUAGCAAGGGAAGUAAGUAAUAUGCACGAAAAUGACAAAUAUUGUGCUCUACUUUUUGAUGAAAUGUCUCUGGAUGAUGGUAUGUACUAUGAUGCACACAAACAGCUAAUCUAUGGGUAUCAGGACUUGGGUCAUUUAGGACGUUCACCUGUAGCUGCUAGUCAAGCAUUGGUUUUCAUGCUGAAAGGCAUUCACAGAACUUGGAAACAGGUUCUAGUAUAAUACUUUACUGCAACCACUUUCCACUACACCCAUUUGAAAUCACUCAUUGUUCAUAUCAUAAGUGAACUCCAGAAUAUUGGGUUCAAAGUGGUUUGUACUGUAUGUGACCAGAAUGCAACAAACCAAAAGGCCCUUCAGCAACUGUGUGAAGCAAAUUUGUUGAAGCCCAGUAUAUUUCAUUUUGUCGUCAAUAAUCAACCAAUUGUUACCAUUUAUGAUGUACCACAUCUGCUCAAAAACACUUGAAAUGCUUUGAUAGAUAAUAAAAUUCAAUUUGAACCUCACAAAGCAGCAAAGUUUGAGUACAUCAGUACAGUGUCCUUUUGGAUAAAAAAAAAAAAAAAAAAAAAAAACCAGUUCAAAACUCUAUCCAAAUUAAAAGCAGAACACUUUAACUUUUCUGAUUCCCAUGUCAAAAUGAAAGUAAAAGUUGCUGCUGCACAAAUGAGCCAUACUGUUGCAGCUGCAAUUGAAACAUGUGUGUCUACUCACACAUUACCAUCUGAAGCUAUACACACAGCUGAGUUUGUGGAAAAGGUAGAUAAUCUCUUUGAUUCACUCAAUAGUAAUGAGCAAUAUCCCAGGGAUGGAAAACAAUUUAGGUGUGCUUUAUCAGAAAAUUUGCCACAUUUAGAAAUGUGGUAUAGCAUGUUGAGGGAAAUAGGCAGCUGGCAAAUAAUGGAUUUAAAAACGGGAAGAAACAAGACUUAUAUAUUUAGCUUCAUAAAAGGUUGGCAGAUUACAUUACAGUCUAUUAUUUUCUUGUGGAAGACCUUGAAAGUGGUUGGCUUUAAGUACUUAAAAUUAAUGGUGUUCAAUCAAGAUGCUUUAGAAAAUUUCUUUUGUUGUAUAAGACAACAUGGUAUUGCUAAUACAAACCCAACUUGUUUUCAGUUUGUACAAGCUCUGAAGACUUGUGUUGUCAAUCAUAUGACUUUGCCUUUCAAAGCCAUGAGUGUAAGUAACUGUGAAAAUGAUGAUUACACUCACUUGAGCAGUUUGUGUCACUUUUUGGCAGCUAGUGGUAGGAGUGAACAUUUAAGUGAAUGUGAGAUGAAAGACACUGAUACACCUGAGCAAAUUUAUUCUUACUCAGAUGGUAUCAUCAAGUCUGUAGAAGAUCGACAAUCCUUAGCCUAUGUAGCACGCUAUGUACUAAAAGCCAUAGAUGUACCAGAUGAUUGUGAAACAUGUAAUACCAGUUUCUACUCCUCUGUUGUGACUGAAAAUCAUUUGUUUACCUCAUUUAAAGAGAAUAGUGAGGAGCAUUCUCAUUUGAAAUGUGCAAAUGAAAGAGUCAUGAUUUUCCUAAGGGCACUCCAUGAUCAGCUGUAUGAGUAUCUAAAUAGUCAUGGUCACACAACAAAACUACAUGAUAAUUAAAAAAAAAAAAAUUUGUUCUAUCUCAUACAACAAUUUGUAAUAAACAUGUCAUUGAAGAGAGACUUCUGAAGACAAGUAUUCAAUUUAUAAUAUACAAGUAUGUGAAAGAAAAGAAAUUUACAAACAAGAGGAAAUUGUGUACGCAACAACUUAAAAAGAAGUUCAAAUCAUGUUAAAAGACCUUGUAUUUUGUUUAUUAUGUGUACAAUGAGGGUAAGCUCCCUAUACAUACACAAAUGUUCUUGUAUCAAAAGCAUGCCUUUGACUUGUGACAAAAUCUGGUAAUUCAGCAGGCACAUAACUUAACACUUUCUAGAUGUGAUGAUUGGAUUCUAAAAGUAUAAUGAAUAAAGUGCUGUCAAGGGGAAUUUGUGUUAAUUUUCAGUAGUGUACCAAACAAAGUUGU